AUGAACAAGCUCAGAUCGUUUGUUUUUAUAUAUUGUAAUGAUACAACUGAGCAUAGAGACUGGGCAAAUGGAUAUUCGAAAAUACGUGGCGUGUAUAAUAGACCAGCGGAGUUAGUAGGAAAAAGUCAGCACGAUGUCCAAUUUCUGCGACACCAUUUCACACCUGCAAAUAUUUUUCCAUUACAAGACGUUCAUCAAACAUCAUUCCACAAUAUUGACAAAGACAAGACCGCUUUCUUGUGGUUUCAAUUACUUAUUGAUGUUUUGGCUCGAUUGCCAAAAAGUGAACAAAAUAAACGAGAUUUAAUUGAUGAAUGCCGAAAAUGCUACUCAAAAGAUGCAAAAGAACAACAAAACAUAUCUGACUUCGAGUCAAAUGAUAAGGCUGAUCAAGCUGUUGCAUGCUUCAAUAAAAAUGAAGGUGAAGUGUUAUUUGGUAUGGGUAGUGUGUUUCGCAUUGUUGAUGUGGCAGAAUUGAUACCUAAUAUUUCGGUGGUGAAUUUAACGCUACUUGAAACGAUGGGCCAAUUUGCUCAAGCAAAACGCUAUUGUGAACUAAUUCUGAGAGAAGACCCAUCAGAUGAAGAAAAAAUGCAUAUCUAUACGCAUUUAUGUUAUUAUGAGUGCAAACUUGAGGAUUUGGCAGCAGCAAAACGGUCAGGCAAAAUUGCACUUGGCGAAUAUCAGGAUGCAUUAACAUAUCAUCAAACUUCGAUUGAGAUGGAGCGGAAAACGAAAAUAAAGGAGGAUGAAGAGAUGUCAAUCGAAUAUAUGGAUCUAGGUAUGACUUAUUGGGAAUCAUCCAAGUUUUCUGAUGACGUAUUCGAACAUAAGCAGCAUUCACAAUCUGAUGAAUGA